AUGGAAGUACAGUCGCGCCCCCCUCCUCCAAGCUCGCCGCCGCCCCCUCCAGAGGCAUACAAGCCUCGGGAAGCUGCAUUCUAUGGCAGGCUGAAGGAGGCGACGAUAGACCUAGGAUCAGCGCACAUCGAUUCCCUGCGCGCUAUCUUCACUUCUCGUAUCCUUCAGACCCGGGCCCGCCUUCAUGGCCUGACAACCGGCAAUGCGCACGAAAUACACGAUCCAAAGCACUUGUCUGGUCUUCGAGGCAACGUCCUCGCCAUUGGGCUGGGCCUCUUGGAGAGGACUGAGGCAGUCUUGGACUUGCUGUUGCAGCUAGCGGAUACAGAGGGCCAAGAUCAUCACGUGGCUGCAAUCAAGGAGGAUGAUGAAUGUGAACACGACAGAAGAGCCGGCUUUUUGCAGGUACCCCGCGUUCUGUCCGCACAGGUCUUUCAGUCUUUCGCUAUGCCGCUGACCAGAUCUCGCACCGUCAAGGUGACAAUAAUUGGCGUGCAGGACACGUGUGUUUCAAUUCUACAGCUCCUCCGGGUGCAAGAGCUCUGGCAGACGCUUCGUGGUCUUCACAGCUGGGCUCAGGAGAAGCAGAAGGAACUCACAGAUGAAGGCUCUACAGAAAGACCAGCUGUCGCUGUUCGUGCUGCAAACAUUGCGCGACGGGGAUGUGAAAAACUGCUGGGUGACAGGCUAGGACGGCUCCUAGACAGUCAUGUGUUUGUGUACAUCUUGGGUCGGCAGCCUGAUGAUGCUACCGAGGAGGUUCGAAGUAAUCUCGAGGAAGUUGGACAGGCUCCAGGCUUAUUAGUGGAGGAGAUCUUCCAAGAAGUUUCUCCAAGCGAACAUAGAAUAGUGCAGCUUGCAGACCUUGGGGAACUGCAGAGCGGAAGCGGACGCGGAAUACAUCUAGUGGUCAAGAAUUCUUUCUUCGAAUUGGUCGAGGAGGACAGUCCACGAGAAAUGCGACGAGCACGGUCCUGCGAUGCGGUGCUGACUCUAGGCCUCGAGCACGCGCUUCAGGCUGAAGCCUCAGCGUCGCUUGCUUCUCAAGGCUCAGUGCCAAGAAGUCAUGCAGAAGUUCGCGAAGGUGCUGAUCACACUACGGCUUCUUGCCUAGUUGCUGCUGGAAAUGCCAGCAGCUGUGAUGCUGGGAAUUCUGGCGAACAGAGUGAGCGCAGUGCCGAACACACAGUCGGCGAUGCUGCGGCGUCAUCAUCCAGACCUUCAGCACCUUCAAGAAUAGAUGAACACUUGCAAGAGGAUGGGCUUAUCCAUGACACAAGCCCAACUCAUCAAGGCGACGUCAUUGCAGAUGCUGACAGAAUGACUGUGCGCGACCUAGUACGCUCGGAGCAAUAUCCUGGACUUGCUCGACCGGGCCUCAUCGAGGUCUUUCUGGUCACAUUGAGCGGUACAGAAACAGAGUGGGUGGAUGAGGUCGCAGAGUCGCCGGGCGAAAGCACGGCUCAUGCUGCUGGAGAUGAUGAAGGCAUAGCAGUACUGCACCCUGGUGAGCCUGUGGCGGCCCACUUGACUGUGCGGUCAGUUUUGGUGGUCAGCUGUGAUCAGGGCAAGGAGUUUCUUAUUCAAUGGUCAAGGCCUGUGGUGGCUGGUGCAGGACAGCGCCGCGCUUACAUCUCUUUUGCAGUUUCUGGUACCGUGCCCAAGCUUGCAGACUUUGUAGUGCGAAUGCUUCGAAUUCAAGUCGCAGUUAGCCUAGUGCUUCCUGGUGGCCGCUGCAAGGUCCAGCUGGAAGCCUGGGUGGAAGCGGCAGACGGUGUCGACAUGCAUCAUUUGUGCAAAGAAGACUUCUUGAAACUGCCAAAGCGAUGUCCACCACAUCAAAUGUUAAAGGACAGGAAGCUUCUGGAAUGGCGCAGCAUAAGCUUUCAAAGCAUCGUGACCGGCGAGCUGAAGAGAUCAACAGCUGCAAUCAGCCAUGUUUGGCUGAGCAAGAAGCAUUUCGACCCAGAUGGGCUGAAGCUUGCGAGAUUGAAGGAGGUCCUUGAAAGCGAGGCGUGCCGAUGGAUCGAGUAUAUUUGGCUUGACUUUAUAUGUGUUCCUCAGCCUUGGAAUGACGAGGGAGUGUAUGAGCAUUUCUGCAAAGAAGACGAGCUCAUCGUCAAGCAAGCCAUCGAACAAUGCCUUCCCAAUUUAUUUCUUGGUGCGACUGUUGUGGUUCUUUGGGAUGAUGGCUUUGAUGACAAGCUCUGGCCGGCCGCUGAGCUUUUUGUGGCUUGCAAGACGCCUACAAUACUGGGGUUGACCCCAAGUUUGGCAGAACAUCACCGGCCGCUCUUUGCAUGCAUGCAGAGCCAUGAGGGGCAAGAAAGCAAGAUUCAGGAGCAGGUCUUAAAAGCCUGGGCAGCUACGACAUCAGCAGUUGCGGCCAAUCUGCUCACGGAAGAGAAGUUCAAAGCAACGGUAGCAAGAGACAAAACCGUGGUUACACGCCUCAUCAAGAAUAUGGACGAGACCUUGGCUCAACUGUUUCGAGAACAUCCUUCUCUGUUCACGCCUCGACAUGCAAUUGCAGGAUUAAGCUGCGUGAAGGCACGGUGCAAGCUAGAUUUCACAAUUGAUGUCAAGCAUAUCAAUCGCCUGCUGAACCGCAAAACUGCCAUCAUGCUGGUUGCUGAAUACGGCCUGGUCGACGUGCUGCGGUUGAUUUUGUCUGUGCCUGACAUAGAUGUGAAUGCGCAUGACACGUCAAUAGGAUUCACAGCGCUUCUCUUCGCCACGAGGGAGGGACAGGGUGAGGCUCUGCAGCUUCUGCUUGCUGAUGCGAGAACAGAUGUCAAUGCAAAGUCUGACAGUGGGGAUACUGCCCUGACGAUUGCCCUGAUGAGCAAAAAAGAGCAUAUUGCGGAGUUGCUCCUUGCUCAUCCAGCUAUCGAGAUCGAUAUGCGAUCCGUCCGCAUCGCUGUAGAGUCGGAACUGGAGGAAAGCUUGUUCGCCAAGAUGCUCAGAUGCCCUUCUCUGGACAUAAACAGGGACCUGAGUGGUGCGAAGUGUGGUGUCGGUUUUGCGCCGCUACACCUUGCGAUACAGCGUAACAACACAAGGAUGGUGAGGCAAAUUUUGCAGACAUCUGGUGUGGACUUGAACCUGCGUGCCAGCAGAAGCCGCACGCCUCUGCAUGUGGCAGUAGAGUAUGGUCAUGCCUCUGUUGCAGAAUUGCUUUUGUCAACACCUGGCAUAGAUCUCAAUGCCUGUACCUCUGACGGAUUUUCGGCGUUGGCGCUGGCAGCCGUCAAUGGACAGGUGCAACUCAUCAGGAUGUUUCUCAAGAUGCCAGGGAUGAAUGUGGAUCUCAAGUCUGUGUUGGCCUUGACUCUGCAGCAGGAGUCCAAGGAGUCUGAAGAGAUUGAGAAUUCUAUUCUUGCAGCCCGCGCUGAGGUCAGCCUGGAAGCCGCCAAGAGCUUCAGAGCCGCGGUGAAGAAGGUUCAGGCCCUCAGAGAGGAACUGGUGGCAGACCUUGAUUUCACCGGGAAGCUCUUGCGCGCAGCUACCCAGGAAGGAGAUGUCGAGCUGCUAGAACUGGUUCUGGCCCUGCCGAGAGUUGAUGUCAACCUAAAAUGCUUCUUUGUGGAAGGGACACCGCUUCAAUAUGCAGCAGAGAAAGGCAGACUUGAGAUCCUGAAGACGUUGCUCAAGAUACCUACUAUCGAUGUCAACGCAAACAGCAGUGGCUGGACUGCGCUGCAUGCAGCAGCCGAGCACGGCCAUGCAGACGUGGUAGAGGCCCUCCUUGAGGCACCUGGAGUCGAUGCGAAUAUCCGCUCGGGAUUCUACACCCCUUUGGCUAUAGCCGAGCAGACGCGACAAGACCAAAUCACAGCUCUGCUGCGGCAGGGGGGCGGCAAGAGAUGGUCCAAGAGCUGGGUCCCGGCCUUCGUCUACUCAGCGGCGGCGCACCCUGGCCGCGGCUGCGUGGGGGUGGUCCUGGUUGUCGGUACUCAAAACGGCCGCUUGCUUUCCAUCUUCUUGUCACAGGAAGGAAACAGCUUCAAGGCUGAGGUUAGCAAGCUGUGGCCAACGGUGUCAGAACAUUGCCUCUACAACUUCUUCAAGAGAGUAAGGAGGUACAGGACUGGUGCAGACGUGUCUCAAGACCGUCAUCUUGAGGAGAUACCAUUCAUGGCUCAGAAGCUUGAGAUUGUCGAGGCAGACUCUUCAAGCAGCCUUUUCGCCACCCUUGCCUGGAAUCAGGAGCGCUUAGCAUACUACACACACCCGCGUUCUGUGGGGGCUGCAGACUUGGCCUGGACAGCCUCUCUGGCGCAACUGGUAGCAGGCGAGCCAUCUACGCGGCUUCUGUCGGUCUGUCACAGUGGCAACGGCAAAGCUUCUGGCGACUCGCUACUGAUUCUAUAUACUGGCAAGGACACCAGAACGGGCGAGCAAGCAUCCUUGCUGAGCCGGCUCACCUGGCCGGCUCACACAGCUUGUCCACAGUCUUCGCUCGAGCAAGGAGAGGUUGUUGGACCGCCUGCUCCCGGAGAGGGACCUGGCUUCGUAGCUGCCUUUGGUGACAUCGCCGUGUGUGCUGUGAAGGUGGAAGGGGAUGAGCGCUCUGCCAUCUGCAUGGUUGGAACUGCGGCGCAGUGUCUACAGGUUGGCGUCAGUCAAAUCGUGGAUUGCGGCAUUUUAGGCCUCUCCUUGAUCCCAGAAGGCAUCAGCGCUGGUCAUGUGCAGGUCCUGACACCUUACGGCUUGCUCAGCUGUCCCCAGGACAUGUCAGCUGCCGACAAGGAGGACGCUGAUGGACACCAGCCAACCUCAGCCGAUGCUUUCAUACAGAUGGCUUACGAUCUUUUCGAUGCUGGUCGAGAGGACCAGGCCGUGUCGGUUUCCGUGCGAGCCUUUUCACAAGUCGGAGCCCAGCCAAUGCUCGCUGCAGUCGAUCAACGGACUCUGCAGCUGCUGAACGCAGGUGCGCAAACAGACAUCAGGCAAAUGUUAGUGAACAAAGCUCGCAGCCUGGAACGUUGGCUGCAAUUUCUGCAACAGGUCGGCAUUUGGAUCCGCAUGGGAAACGCGCCCAACAUAACUUCAGCCCAGCAGAAGGUUGUCGAGGCCUGCGAGAGAACAGCAGCUGCAAUGCGCAUGCUUGACUACCAUGACAACGCGCCACAAGUUUUUGCCAGCGCCAUACACGACGCUCUGGACCAAGGUGCAAACGCCGAGACAGAGGAUGAUGACCGUAGAUUCUACAGCUGCCUAAACUCAUUGGAGCAGCUGCUCGGCAGCUUGGCCCAGUACCCGCGGACACUGCCCUUUGGUUCGGGCGGGGCCUGGGAUGCGGUCAAUUUCGUCCAAACCGUGGUGUGCUCCUUCUUGGAUGCCGCGCUGGAAAAGCGCUCACAAGUCUUAUCUUCCUAUCCCUUGGCCUUGCCAGCGCCGGAACCGCAAAUGUCACAAAGGUAUUUCAUGACCAAACACUCUCGAGUUCCGGCAUGGUCAGGUGUUGGAAGCGGUUGGCUGAUGUCGACAUCAGUUCAACGUGCGCUUGAAGACCUUCGCGUCGUGAGCUUGGAAGUCCUGCCGACAGUUCCGCGGCAGCAGCUGCCACUGCUCGAUGCACAGGCCAUUCGAGUUGUGCAGGGGCUUCAACAACUCUGUCGCUCCACGCUGCUGGCCGCAUAUGCGAGCUUCGCUGAUCUGCACAGCGCGGCCAUGGCGAAAAUCAGGCACGAAGUUCUGAGCCACCUGGCAGAUGCAGAGGCAUGCUUAAUGGAAAAAGCAACACUUUCGGGGCAGCAACUACGGACACUUCAGUUCGCAGAGGAGUUUGAGGACCUUGAGCUCUUCGUCAAGCUAGCUGCAAGCACCGACGUCAAACGUCUAGAUGAGCAAAUGCAGGCAUCAGAGAAGUUCAGACCGCACGCGUUCACCUACUGUCUACAGCAUCCACCUCUACAUCCGUUGUUCUUUCGAAUGUUGCGCUCCUGCCCACCGAGCAGCGAAACUCUGGAGGAGCUCCUGGCUUCAUACCCAGAGAUUCGCUGGGCUCUUGAGUUUGGGCAUUCGGAGGCUUCAACAAGUCGGUGGCCUUUGGUGGCACAUGCUGUCAAGCAGAUAGGGGAGACGGCUGCUGCAAACGAGAGGAUAGCUGAGCCCAGACGCAGAGUGAUGGCGGCCGUGGCUGCCAUUGCUUCAGCCGCAACUCGAAUAGAGGCUUCGUGCUGUGGGAAGGAGAUCAUUGUGCUCUGCAAAUUUGCUGCCCAGGAUGCGUCUGGCACGCAAAGCAAGGGAGAGACGUUGACCAGCUUUGCCUCCACUUUCAAGCCAGAACUGCGACUGGAGGAACUGCGGGGAACCACCCAGUGCCCCUCUGCAGACUUUGAGAUCAUCAUGGCCAGCGACCUGACCAAGAUCAGGAAAGCUACGCGCUUCUGCAGGCAAGUCAAUCUUGCGAAUGAGGCGCCAGCCGAUCGGCAGUCCGAAAGGAGGUAUGCCGCCGAAGACGCCAAACGGCGACUGGGCGAGCCUUCGCGGGGUACGGGUGAGACGGUGGCGAUAGAGAUGCAAAGCAUGGAUGAGGUUGACCAAUCCAGAGAGCUACUGCCCGUGGUGUCAGCAGCAGCCUCAACACAUGCAGUACGGCAGGGCGAUGACAGGAACUGCUUCAUCUGCUUGCAGGACAGCGACAAGGACAAUCCUCUCGUGUCCUGCUGCUCAACAUGUUAUGCGCGUACACACAGAAGGUGUUGGCGAGAGUGGCGCAACAAUCAGCACCGAACGGCUUUGCGCUCCCAUUUGCUGGGGCUCCGCAUGCAGACGAGCCAUAUGCUUCGCUGCACAAUUUGCAAAUCCGGAACUGCCAUGGUGGAAGGAGAGGAGAAUGGCCUCUCCUGGAUGAACGAGCUGAUGUGUGGAGGGGAGCCCAGCGAAAACAGUUUGCUGGGACGGCUAAUCGCACUUGGAAACCGCAGAGAUGAUUCUGACGAGGAUCCAGAAGCGCAGCUGGAAGACUUGAUUGAUACGCGAACUUGCAUUGCGCUGGUCAUUUACUUGGGAGUGCUCAUCGUGGCCAUUGUCGUCGCAUGCCUCCUGAUCGUCACUCGCGGGUUCUGGGCUGGCGACGUGGUCCUCUGCUGCAUCAUUGCUCUCUACGAGCUCUCGGUUCUGCAGCUCGUGUUGCUGGCCAUUCUUCGACGGCGAGACACUACGCUGGCUUCAUCAGUGACAAG